AUGCACAAGCGUGCCCAAGUGUUCUUGCCUGUACGUGAGUGCCGGCGCGAGCGUGUGCAAGCCCAAGUGUGCCUAAGUGUGCCGGAAGGACCGUGUGAGCACGCGGCAGCACAAGCGCGCCGAGCGAGCGCACUGGUGCCAGCCUGGGUGCCCACAGGCUGCCGCUCGGGGGUGGUGGAGGUGGAGCGCAGCGUGACGGUGGUGCUGGGCCAGGACGUGGUGCUGCCGUGCCGGUACCGGACACAGGAGCAGGAGCAGGUGGUGCAGGUGACCUGGCUGAAGCGGGGCCCGGCCGGGCAGAGCGCCGAGGUGGCCGUGCUCAACCGGCAGCACGGGGAGCACGUGCAGGAGCCCUACGCCGGGCGGGUGGUGCGGCCGGCCGGCGGGGGGCUGGAGGACGGGGCCAUCGUCCUGAGGAACGCCGUGCAGGGGGACGAGGGCGACUACGAGUGUCACCUCAUCACCUUCCCCCUGGGCAGCUUCGAGGGGCACCUCACCCUCAAGGUGCUGGACCUGUCGGACGCCUCGGUGCUGGGGCACACGGAGGAGUGGCAGGAGGGCAUGGAGGGGGCCACGCUGACCUGCCUGGGGGACGGCAACCCCCCGCCCACCUACAACUGGACGCGGUGUCCAGAGCACAGCGAAGAGCCCGAAGGUCGCAGCUACUCAACGCUCUCGACGGUGCGGGAGAUCGAGACGCAGACAGAGGUGCCGGCGGCGCCGCUGCUGCCUGCCCCGGCGGGGAAGGAGCCGAAGGAGGAGGAGGAGGACGGCGGCAGCAGGGGGGACGACCCCAUCAAGCAGGCCAUGACCCACUUCGUGCAGGAGAACGGGAUGCUGCAGGCCAAGCCCACCACCAACGGCAUCUACAUCAACGGCCGCGGGCACCUGGUGUGA